AUGAAACUUGCAAAUGAAGAAAAGGUAAGAGACAUAAGAAAAAAGGUCGGGCUGUCAUUUGAUAUUGAUCUUAAUCAAUCACCAUUGAGUAUUUUGACAAACCAACGUCUCAAACUUCAGUGUUCAAAAACGACCGGCAAAAUGGACAUUCCUCUCAAAGGCUGUACACUACAUGACGCAUUUGCAGCGCUUGAAGAUGAUGAAGAUUUGGAGCCGUCGUAUAUUUUCAUUGAGACUCCAGAUCCAUCCAUGCAUACCGAUGAAGAAUCGGCAGAUGAAGAUCAAUCAGGCUUGAUUAAAAAUCUCUCUGGUCGCUCAGCCACAGAAAAGAAAAAAUAUUCAGGUGCCACGCCCUGCAGUGUUCACAAACUGUAA